AUGAGUAGAAAUAAUAGAAAAAAUAAAAAAAGAGCAACAUUAAAUGAACUGUAUGAGUUGGAAUUUGUAAAAAAAGAAAAAAAGAAAUUAAAAAAAUUAAAUUUUUACAACAAAAAAGAUGAUGAAUUGAUAAAGCAAACAAACAAUGAAAAUAAUAAGGAAAAUAAGUUGAAUGGUAUUUUACUGAAAAAGUAUGAACAAUUAAAGAAGUUUGAAGAACAACAAAAAUGUAAAUUCUUAGGAGAAGAAAAAAAAAAAAGGGCAUAUGAAGAAUUUUUAAAAAUUUUGAAAGAUAAGAAAAAAAAAGAUAUAAAUAAUACUUCAAGUAAUGAAAUAAAUCACUCAGAAAGUGUUUCUUCCAAUGACAGCAUAGCAUAUAGUAAUAAGAGAGAUGACAAAAAUGAACAGGAAAGAACUCAUGAAAAAAUGAAACAAGAUCAGAUUGAAAAUGAAAAUAUAAUGAAUAAUAGAAAAAGAAAAAAUAAUGAUGAAAUAUAUAUGUUUUCUUUAAUAAAAAAUAUAAAAAAUCAGAAUAAUUAUUUAAAAAUAAAUAAUGAAAAUUGUAACAACAUUUUUAAUGAAAUGCCUAUUAAUGAUAAUAAUGUAUGUUAUAAUAAAAUUAACAAUAUUAGUAGUUUUAAUAAUAAUAAUAAUAAUAGUAUAAAUUUUAAUAAAAGCAAUAUCACAAAUAACAUAAAUAUUUAUAAAACUUUACCUAUUGAUGACGAUAAUAUAAAUUUUAAUAAUAAUGUCAAUAAUAAUAAUAGUUAUAAUAUUAAUAAUAACGUUAAUUAUACAAACAUUUGCAAUAUUAAUUCUUAUUAUUGUAAAAUUUAUAAUGCCAAUAGUAUUUACAGUAAUUAUAAUAAUGAAACAUAUAAGUUAUAUGAAAAUAAAAUGGAUUACUAUUUUACUUUUUGUCAGAACAUAGAUGAGAGAUUUAUUGAAGAAUUUUGUAAAAAAAAGUUAAAUAAAAAAAAGAAAAUAGAUGAAGAACAAACAAAUAAAAAUAAAACUAUUGAAAAUAUUUAUGUGUCUUCUAAUUUAUUUUUAGAAACUAAUAUUUUUAAGAAAAAAGAAAAUAGUGAAAAGGAAUAUACAAGCCAAAUUUUUAAUAAUAUUGAAAUUAAACCACAUUUUUUUUGUAAUUAUUUUGAAAAAAAUCACAUAUCUUACUAUUUGAUGAAUAUUUUAGAUACAGAGCCAAAAUGUAUUUUAGAUGAAGAGAAUUUUUAUAAUAUUGAUAAAAAUAUAACUUUUAAUUUAAAAAGAUAUCUUGCCUUUUUUAAGCAUCCCAUUGCGUAUUUUAGCAAUGUUAUAUAUAAAUAUAUAGAAGAUUAUUAUAAUAUUAAAAUAAAAAAAAUAGUGCAUAAUGAGAGAGAGAAAGAGGAGAAGGAGAAAAAAGAAGAUGAAGUUAAAGAUGAAGAUAAAAAUGAAGAUAAAAAGAGUGAUGAUAACAAUGAAAUUAUAGAACAAAGUAUAAAUUUAAAAACUAAUAAAAAAAAAAAAAAAAUCUUUUUUGAUAUUUCUGAUGUUAUGAAAAGCGAAGAAAUGAAAAGUUAUUUUCAUUAUAUUAAUUCAUAUGUAGAUGUUUUAUAUGCAAAUAAAAACGUUUUGAAUAGCCAUUUUAUAAGAUUAUUAAAUAGUAUACAUAUUUUAAAUCAUUUAAAAAAAAAAAGGAAAAGAAGAAAAUAUAUAAAUAAGAAAAUAGAAAAGUUAGAAAGAGUUGAACAGGUAAAAAAGGAAAACAUAGAAAUAAAAGAGGAUUUUUGUGAUGAAAGUUUUGCUAGACCUAAGAUUUUGAUUUUAUGCAGCUUUAGAUAUAUCACUAAAGAAUAUAUUGAUUUAAUUUGUAAUUUACUAACACUCACUGAAGUAAAAAAUAAGAAUAAAUUUUUGAAUGAGUAUGAUAUUACGAAGGAUGAAAGAAAAAAAAUGAAGGAAAUAUAUUCAAAAAAAAGAAAAACUCUUGACUAUAUAAAUUUAUAUCGAGGUAAUAAUGAUGAUUGUUUCAGAUGUGGAAUAAAGUUAUUAGAAAAUGAGAAAAAAAUUCAACUAUAUAGUCCAUUUUAUGAUAGUGAUAUCUUAAUAUGUUCUCCUCUUGGCUUAGAUAUUAUUAUUAAAGAAAGUAAAAAAGAGGAAGAUUUUGAUAUGGACAGUGAAAGUUCUGACAAUUACGAUUUAAAAGAUGAAAAUAUAUCAAAAAGAAAUAAAAAUAAUAAAUCGCAAAAACAAAAAAAAAAAAAAAAUAGUAACAGUAAAAAGAAGUUAUAUGAGUAUGAUUUUUUAUCAUCUAUCGAAAUUUUGAUAAUAGACCAAAUAGAUACAAUAUUAAUGCAAAACUUAUUAAUAUUAAAAAAUGUAUUAAAUUUUAUAAAUAAGCCUUUAUUAAGGUGGGGAAAUGCUAAUAUAAAUCGAAUACCUAAAUAUAUAAUAAAUGGAUUUUUAAAAAAUUAUAGACAAACAAUAAUAUCUUCUAGUAUUUUAGAUACAAAUUUUAUUUCCUUAAUUCAAUCAGCUGAUAAUUUUAGAUCAUAUUUAAAAUUAUUUAUAAAAAAUGAUGAUAAUAUUUUAUUGCAGGUAAGAGAUCUUAAUAUUAAUCAAUAUUUUAAAAAAAUUGAAUGUGAUAGUAUUUUAAAAAUAGAAGAAAGUAUAAUAGAUUUCAUCUCAACAAAUGUAAUUGAUAUUUUAUCUAAUAUAAAUCAACUAAUUAUCUUUUUACCAACAUAUAUAGAAUACAUAAGAAUAUAUGAAAUAUUAAAAAAAAAUGAUAUUACUUUUAAGGGCAUUAAUGAAUAUACAGAUGAAAAAAAACGCAUAAAAAUUCUGAAAUUGUUUAAAUUUAAAAGAAUUAAUAUUUUAUUAAUUACUGGUCGUUUAAUGUUUUAUGAAAGAUGCACUUUUAAAGGAGCAAAUAAUGUUAUUUUUUUUUCUCCUCCCAAAUUUAUUUUUAUGUAUUAUGAAUUAAUUAAAGAUUUAACUAAAAAUUCUAAUUCAUCCUCUAUAUGUUAUUACACAAAAUAUCACACAUACGAAUUAGAAAGAAUAGUAGGGCAAAGUAGAGCUUUACAAUUGAUAAAGGAAAAUAAUGGGAAAAUUACCUUGUUUAAAUAA